AUGAAUAUAAUUCAUUUGAGUAGUUCAUUACUACUCAUUCAAAAUAUUAUUAUAAAAGCUAUUCUUUUAUAUGUUACUUAUGUCACUAUUAUAUCAUUGGAAAGUCAAUCAUACUCAUCUUUAUCAUUGUUCCAUUCAUUACGAUCAUCAUCAUCAUCAUCAUCAUCAGCGGCGGCGGCGGCGGCGGCAACGACAGUAUCAGCAUCGUCGUCAUCCUCAUCAUCAUCAUCGUCAGUAAAUUUAUUUUAUCAAACAAAAGAUUGGACAAUAAAAUUUUUUGAUCAUAUUAAAAAUGAUAAUCAUGUUAUCUAUAAAGAACAAAAUAUGAAUGAACAAUUAGAAAACGGGCUAUCAAUGAUUUAG